AUGCUGUGCGGUGGAGACCGUGAGAAGGGGGAUGUAGCGAUGGAGGAGAAAUGGGACUACGUGAACUUGGACGACUUUAAAUCCGAGUCUUGCUGGACACCCUUCUCAUAUUUCUUCUUAUGGGUAUUCUUAUUUAUCUCGCUUGCAGUCUACGGUGUCGAUACAUUCACUGCAAUCAAUUUGCUGGCUUUCUCUCGCUGGUCCGGCCAAGUUCAACCCGCAAUUCCCUUCAAUAUCUCCCGCUGGAUCUUCGCCGCCUGUAUCAUUGCUUCGUUCAUUCUUUUGGCCUACCGAUGGGUACAUGCCAUCCGCGCCAUCCGCUCGGGUAGUAUUACUCGCAGCUUUCUGGAUCCGCUGGCCGUGCGUAUCCAGAGUAUUCGCUUCGGCAAGCGGGGUCGUGGAUACAGGAGAUUCCUUGUGUUUGCGGAAUUAACGAAAGACAGGAAAGCAGCAGAAUAUGUUGCUCUUUAUGCAUACUUCUCUUUCCAGUUCUGGAUGAACACGAUCUUCGCAGACGGACCACGUCAAGUCCUCAAUGCCAUCACUCUCUAUUCGGUCAUGCAGAUGGACCUCAUUCCCGGGGGAAAGAAUGCGGCCGACGACGAUGGCAGUUCCUCGGUUGCUCAAUUCUUCAACAACGUUAAGAUCAUGGCUGAAGACAACAACCUUCAAGCUGUGGUCUUGUUUGGUAUGCUGUUCACCCUGGUCAUUUGGGUCCUAUCAGUUCUCAAAUUGAUCUCGGCGAUCGUACUCUAUUUGAUCUUCCUGUUCCACCAUAUCCCAGCGGAAGACGGCACUCUUUCGAGGUACUGCCGUCGGAAGGUCGGUCAACGUCUGAAGCGUAUCGUGCACCGAAAGAACACCAAGGCCUUGGCAAAGGGACUCAAAUUACAGAAUCGAGCACCCACUCACCCAAUGCUGGCCACAGAUUCGAACCCGACUCUGCCAUCUUUCGCCGGGGAUAAAGUUUCCACAGUGGCUUCGCUGUCGCGAAGUACUACUCAGACUACUUUGCCGCCUUACUCGCGAUCGGCCUCGUCGACAACGCCGGCGCCCAACCCGACUCUGCCGAAUCUGGAUCUCGAUGCCAAACCAACACUGACUCGAACUGGGACUUCAUCUUCAGCAAUGUCCGAGUCCGCUUCACUGACAGGUCAUGCGGCCGGAAUGGGAUACACUCCUCUUGAUCGCCAGAACCCGACACUUCCCCCUGUUCCUCCCUUGCCGGCAAACGUUCCAUCAAGGAUGGCCACUCCUCACUCCCGAGCGACGCCUGCGCCAUAUGGCAGCGAUGAUCGUAAUACUCCCGGUCAUGGAUAUCGCAACCUGACCGAUAGCUCUGAUUCUCGGCCAUACCAGGGCCACGCCCCAGCUCCUGGUUAUGGUUCGGCUGGCGUGGACGCUCCUGAUGAUCACGAUUAUUUCAACCGUGGCAAUGCGCUUGCUCACUACGACCCCUACGGUCCUGCGAGGGAUACGUACGGCGGAGAGGACGGAUACGGAGUAAGAUACGGGACUCCCGGUGGACAGAGAGGCGCGCCUCGUGUACAGCACGAUUACUGCCCACCGGAUCCAUAUUCAACAAGAUCAUACACGCCGGCUAGCAUCGGUGCGAUGCCUGCGCCCUCUCUGUCCAACACCCCGGCAAGCUACCAACCCACACCUCCCCCACAAGCACCCGCAUUGCAACAGCCUCCAAGGACGUUCACUCCAAUGAGUUCUGCGACUCCCGCUCCUCAAAAUGGCCGCUACGCAGCUUUCAACCCGUCAAUGGCUCAUAACACACCCCAGCCUCGCUCCCAGAGGCCUCCUGGUCCGUCUAGCUUUAUUCGAGCAAACACCACUUCGCCGUCGGCCAUGCAUCGCGCUCCACCAGGGCACACAUUCAAUCGCUCAAAUACCCACCAAUAUUGA